AUGGGGGCUGGGAGAGUGGGGGUCACGAUCCACCAGGCUGAGUUCCAGCAGUGGUUUGGGCCACAGCAGCAGGGGGAGGGGCAGUUCCUGGUGGCCAUCAGUCCUGAUGAGAUCUUCCAUGUGGACCUGCAGAAGCAGGAGACCAUCUGGCACCCGCCUGAGUAUGGGGCCUUGGCCACCUCCUUCGAGGCCCAGGGAGCUCUGCAGAGCAGCAUCUUGGGCAAGUCCUGGAUGGACUUCCCAGAGCAGCAACCCAACAUCUCCCAGAGCCCUUUGGUGCCACCCAAGGUGAAGGUGCUCCCCAAGCACCGAGUGGAGCUGGGGGACCCCAAGGUCUUGACCUGCUACGUGGACAAGUUCUGGCCACCCCUGGUCUUCAUCAGCUGGCUGAGGAAAGGGCAGGAGGUGACAGAUGAGUAA